AGAUGCUUUAGCUUUGUAAUCAUUUUGCUUAAUUUUCUCAUUCACAUAAAAGAAAAAAAAUUAAAAGCAAUUUCUGCAGUUUUCAAUUAUGUGAUGCUAUAUGAGGGUGCGUGUCCCUCAAAGCUCUACCAUUACUCUCCCUUGUCUUGUCCUUAUUUCCCUUGUUGAGGGUGCUUUCCUCCUCCACCGGUGGGACCCCAAAAACUCAACCUUCUCUCUCGAACACGGAACAACGAUUCAACUCACUGAGUCAUGCACAGUCUCACUCGGUCUUCACUCUCCCAACUUCCAAUCCCGCCACCGCACCCUCCUCCCCUCCACCGCCACCUCCUCACCGCCACCCAAUUCCCACAGAUCUGAUCUCCAAUCGCCGAUGUCGCUUCCUAUCUCCUUAAUCGGUGGGUUGAGAAAUUCUCAAUAUCAAUGCAUGAUGCUGAGAAUUUUGCUUGUUUUGUUAUCUUGCAUGGGGUUUAUGGUUGAUUGUGGUGCAUAUGAUGCAACACUGGAAGCUCCUGCGUUAUCUCCAGCUGUUGAUCUGCCACUACCACCGAGUGUUGAUGGGGGGAAGCAUUUGUCUCCAGUUUCUGGGUUUAAGAGUAUUGCCCCUAUGCGUUCCAUUUCUGAUGCAAUUCCUUCUGCUCUUGGUCGCCCAUCAUUGUCCCCUUUUGUUUCCAAUUGUUGUGCACGAAACAUGGUAUUGAAACGAGGAAGUGAGAAUUGCCAUUGUGUUUAUCCCAUAAAGCUAGACAUUCUUCUGUUGAAUGUCUCUACAAACCCCAACUGGAAUGUUUUUCUGGAUGAAUUGGCUAGCCAACUUGGGCUGCGGACUACCCAAAUUGAAUUGGUCAACUUUUAUAUGCUCAGCAGAUCGAUGUUGAAUUUGUCGAUGGAUAUCACUCCACGUAAAGAAAUCAGUUUUUCUGCAGAGCAAGCAUCUAAAAUAAACUCUACACUUUUACUGCAUAAGGUUAAACUUGACCCUAGAUUUGUGGGUGACUACAGAGUUCUCAAUAUAACCUGGUUUCAACCUCCACCUCCUUCUCAAGCUCCUAGUUUUUCUGCUUCACCUUUAAAAUCUCCUCAGAGACAAGCACCAAAAACUACAUCUAGGAGUCCAUCAGAUGGGGGGAGGCAUCCGAAUUUGCUUCUUGUUCUUGGAAUUGUAAUGGGCAUACUUUUCAUUUCAAUUGUAUGUGUACUUGCACUUUGUUUACGCAUGUUGCGGCCAAAAACAAAAGCACCUCCUAUAGAAACCGAAAAGCCAAGGAUGGAAAGUGCAGUUUCAGCUGCUGGGUCUCUUCCCCACCCAAGCAGUACACGCUUUAUUGCUUACGAUGAACUUAAAGACGCAACAAACAAUUUUGAAACGUCGAGUUUACUUGGAGAAGGAGGUUUUGGUAGAGUUUUUAAAGGUGUCUUAAAUGACGGAACUGCUGUUGCAAUUAAGAGGCUUACCAGUGGAGGGCAACAGGGUGGCAAAGAAUUUUUGGUUGAAGUUGAGAUGCUUAGUCGGUUGCAUCAUCGUAACCUUGUAAAACUAGUGGGAUACUACAGCAACCGUGACGAGUCACAAAAUCUACUUUGCUAUGAGCUUGUCCCAAAUGGAAGUUUGGAGUCCUGGCUUCAUGGUCCCUUGGGAAUAAACUGCCCUUUGGAUUGGGACACCAGAAUGAAAAUCGCACUUGAUGCUGCAAGGGGACUUGCAUACUUGCAUGAAGAUUCACAGCCCUGUGUUAUACACAGAGAUUUCAAGGCAUCCAACAUAUUGCUUGAGAACAACUUUAAUGCUAAAGUUGCAGAUUUUGGUCUUGCUAAACAGGCACCUGAAGGCAGAGCUAAUUAUUUGUCCACUCGUGUUAUGGGAACAUUUGGGUAUGUAGCUCCUGAGUAUGCUAUGACUGGACACCUACUUGUUAAAAGUGAUGUUUAUAGCUAUGGGGUUGUCCUGCUGGAACUAUUGACUGGAAGGAAACCUGUGGAUAUGUCACAGCCAUCUGGACAAGAGAACCUUGUUACUUGGGCAAGGCCAAUUCUUAGAGACAAGGACCGGUUGGAAGAACUCGCUGAUCCAAGGCUAGGAGGAAGAUACCCGAAGGAAGAUUUUGUCCGCGUUUGCACUAUUGCCGCAGCCUGUGUUGCUCCUGAAGCAAGCCAACGACCUACCAUGGGGGAAGUGGUACAGUCACUGAAAAUGGUGCAGCGCAUCACAGAAUACCAAGAUCCCAUGUUAGCCUCAUCCAACACACGGCCUAAUAUGAGGCAAUCGUCUACCACUUAUGAGUCUGAUGGGACAUCUUCAAUGUUUUCUUCGGGUCCUUACUCUGGUCUAAGUGCCUUUGAAUAUGACAACCUUUCAAGGACAGCUGUUUUCUCUGAAGAUCUUCAUGAAGGACGAUGACAGUACUUGGAAUUGAAAGCUAACCACGAAUCUGCACUCGGACCGGAAGACUAUCAAAUGAUUUAAGGAUCUUUUCUUUCUCGUGGCUGAAGGUGUAACCAUAACCAGUGGCUUUUCUUGCAAGUGAUUGAAGGUUUGUUGGUGUUAUUGCUGGUUAGGAAGGGGAUUCUUCUGUGGUCACUUUUGCCAUCCUCCUUGUUAACCACCUUCCUGUUUUCCCCUAGGAGGCAGUGGUUCCACAUGGGGAUCAAGUUUUGUAUAUAUGUGUAUGUGUAUUGUAGUUUGUUUUGUCAGAUUGGCUUCAAAUGCCUUUUUAGUUCUUAUUGGAAAAGAAGAAGAAAAAAAUCUGCAUAGCUUCAAAUUCAAGGAUUCUCAAUGUCUCGUCUUCCUCAUUUAUCCUUAACUAGAUGUAUACCCUUGGCGUGAAAGCCAUGUUGGAUCCUUUUUAUGUGGUAUUCAGGAUCACAAGGAAAUAUGUGGUUUGUCUA